AUGUCUAGACACCGGCUUUUACGAUUCGAAACUUCACAGUUUCGCUUAAGAGCACCCAAAACUACAAAGCACCCAACUUUUAGUCGUGAAAAUAUUUCAAUAUGUGAAAAUGGUGAGCCGCAGCAAGAAAAUUUAAAUGAAAUCCAAAAUUGGCAACAUGAAUACCAAGAAUUUGAAGAUAGAGAUAAUUUUAGUAAUACCGAUACCGAUACAGAAUCCUGUCAUAGUGAGCCGAGUAAUAAUAAUUCAACCGAUUUGAACUGGGACGAUAUAGAAUACAAUGAUGAAUCUUGCGAUACUAAUUCAGAUAAUAAUACCUCCGAGGAUGAAACAACUUUUGUUGAUGCUCCAGAAAUAUUUGAUGAGACAAAUUUUAAUAUAACAUGGAACCCAGAAGACCAAUUUGGCAUAUUUGAAAACUUCACGACGAUGGCAAUGUUUAUGUGGGCUGUAAAAUAUAUGAUAUCAAAAACCGCUUAUCACGAUCUGAUUCAAAUUUUACUUCAUCCACAAUUUGAUAAAAAUCAUUUAAUUACUAAUUUACAAACACUUAAAAAAUAUCGUGAAAAACUUCCUUUAAUGCAAAUCCGAAGUCACAAAGUUCUAAUUAACCCUCGAAGCACACCAUCUACGACCAAACCUUUUACAAAAGUUUAUUACUUUUCUUUGAUUGAGUACCUACAUCGCAUAUUAAAAAAUCCUAGUAUUAGUUCUCACUUAUAUUUCGGACCAGGAAUUCUUUCCGAGUCAUGCGAAGAAUUGUGGGAAGGAAAUCUUUGGGCCGAAUCACCUCUUUUUGGCCAAUCUCAUAUAACAACUUCACGAGGAUCUUUUAAAUGUGGCGAUUUCGUUCAAUAUCAUUCUUAUGAAAGUUUAAAACAUGGUCGAAUUCAGUCAUUCGUUGUUAAAGACAACACAAUGAAAGUUCGAAUACAAAGAUUAAUUCCUUAUAGUAAAAUUCCUCAACAUUUAUAUUCUUUAGAACGUGCAUUUCAAGCUCAAAAAGAAUGGUUCUUAGCAGAAGAAAUGAAUAACCAUAUUAUAGAACUUUCUUCUUUAUUACAGAAAAUUGUAGUCUGGCUUAAGGAUCAGCCACCUCCACCAUUUUUUGACUUAUCUGUUAAUGAAAUUUUAUAUUAUUUUAAUGGGUCUUGGAAUAUCAAGGAUGAUUUUUUAAAAUCUACACGUAAUAGGUUACGAUUUUCUCAUCUAUCAGAAGUAUGUGAUUAUAUUAUUCAUACAUGGGUACUUUGUGCUAAGACAGCUAAAGAAGUGUUUUCUUUAACUAUACGACGAUCUAAUGGAUAUUCUUAUCUACGAACUAUUUUGAAUAAUGAACACAAUGCUUUAAUUAAG